CUUAUUUACGUCACAAUAAAGAACGGAAGCUUACUCAGUACCAUAUCAUCCAAUACGGUUUCAAUGCAAGAUUUCUACCAGAGAGCAACACUAGAGUAUGAUGGAGUAUUUGGGCACUAUGUUUACCCGAAAAGCGCUAUAGCUCGAGCGCCCAAAGAUGGCCGAAGGCUUGGUCCACUUCCUCAUUCGAACCUCCAAACAUCUGCGUGUCAGUUUUGGAUUCUAUGGGCGGUGGUGCAUGUGGCCUAAACAGCCUGUGCACGCUUCAAGAUCAAGGACCGACUUGCCACUGCCCAAAUGGUUACUCCUUUAUUGAUCCAAAGGAUGAGCGCAGAGGAUGCAAGCAAAACUUUGCCUCACAGAGUUGUGGUGAAGCGUCAAAGGAGGAAACAGAUCUUUUCGAUUUCCAAGAGCUGCAAAACACAGAUUAUCCAGGUGGAAAUUACGCGCAGUUUCUGGGGGUAACUGAGGAUUGGUGCAAACAGAAUUGCCUGGAUGAUUGUUUUUGUGCCGGGGUAUUUUUCAGAACCGGAAAGUGUGUUAAGAAGAGAGUCCCUUUGUCAAAUGGGAGGACUGAUCCCUGUUUUACUGGAAAAACUCUGAUAAAAUUUGGGAAACAAAAUUCGACUGUGAAAUCAGGUGGAGGUUCCAACACAGAAAAGAAAGACAAUAAAACUUCGAUCCUUUUCGGACCAGUCAUCCUGAGUGGCUCUGCGGUUCUAAACUUCCUCCUACCAUUGAUAACCUAUUUGGUUGUUUCGCGAGCCUAUUCGAGAAAAGUGAAGGUGAUUCAACCUUAUCCAGUCAUCUCUGGUAUGAAUUUGAAGCAUUUCACUUAUGAGGAGCUAAACAAUGCUACAAACCAAUUCGAGGAAGAACUAGGACGUGGUGCUUCAGCAAUAGUCUUCAAAGGAGUUCUAGCCUCUGAUAAUGGGAAGAGCGUUGCUGUCAAAAGCUUAGACGCUAGGGUCAGGGAAAAUGAUUUGGAAUUUAAAGCGGAAGUGAGUGCUAUUGGCCGAACAAACCACAGAAAUUUAGUCCAGCUAAUUGGAUUUUGUUACGAGGGAGAGCACCGAAUUCUGGUGUACGAGUUUAUGAGCAACGGAUCUUUAGCGAGCUUCCUCUUUGGAGAGUCGAUGCCAAACUGGUAUCAAAGGAGGAAAAUCGCCUUGGAAAUUGCAAGAGGGCUGUUUUAUUUGCACGAGGAGUGUAGCAGCCAAAUCGUGCAUUGUGACAUCAAGCCUCAAAACAUUCUUCUUGAUGACUCUUUCACUGCAACAAUUUCUGACUUCGGUUUAGCAAAGCUUUUGAGAAUCGACCAGACUCUAACCAUGACGGGAAUCAGGGGAACAAAAGGUUAUGUGGCCCCUGAAUGGUGGAAAAGGUUGCCUAUCACAGCCAAGGUUGAUAUUUAUAGCUACGGAAUUUUGUUGUUAGAGAUUAUUUUCUGUAAGAAGCAUUUCGAGGCAGCAGCAGAGGAUGAAGAUCCAAUGAUACUAGCUGAUUGGGCGUACGAUUGCUAUAAGCAGAAUGAGCUGCACCAGCUAUUGAAGAAUGAUGAUGAGGCAAUGCACGACAUGAAGGAGAUGGAGAAGUAUGUGAUGAUUGCAAUAUGGUGCAUUCAGGAGGAUCCGUUGCUCAGACCUACCAUGAAGAAAGUCACAUUGAUGCUCGAAGGAACUGUCGAAGUCUCAGCUCCUCCCGAUCCAUCUUCUUUCAUAAGUUCAAUACUUUAAGUGCUUCCAAUUAUCCAUUUCUUAUGUUUAUCAAAAGUUUUAGUU